UGAGGAUGGGCUCGCGGGGCUGGUGGCGGGCGGCGCGGGCGCUGCGAGCGGCCGGCGGCGCCCGGGGGCGGGCGGCGGCACCCGGUGCCGCCAGCCGCAGCCUCUGCGCCGGAGGGGCUCCAGGCCUUUCCUACCAACAGCUGAAAGACUUGAAGAAGACCGAGGUGCUGCACAUAGACGUGCGGGAGCGGUGGGAAGUCGAGAGGUACGGAAGGAUCCCGGCGUCCAUCAACAUUCCGCUGGGUGAAUUAGUGGAAGCUCUGCAAAUGGACCCAACGGACUUCAAGGAGCAGUACAACCAAAAGAUGCCAUCCAAGUCAGACCCUGUGGUUUUCUCCUGUUUGGCAGGAACAAGAAGUAAACAAGCACUUGGUGUUGCCACAUCCUUGGGGUUCAGCAGAGCUCAGCAGUAUGCUGGUGGCUUUGAAGACUGGGUAAAACAUGAACCUCCAGAGACAAAAUGAAGAGGAGUGCCCCAAGCUUUGCGCCAUCAAGGCUUCAGGAGAGUUCAUAGGCUUCAGCAUCCACUCUGCCUGCAUUCCACCUCUGGAAUACAGCCCACUCCUGUCUCCUUGUGUAAGUGGACACCUAACUGCUUGGUGUAAAAUACAGCUGAAGACUGUGACAUGAACAGGAGGUGACAUUUGAUCCACCUCUACUCUCACCAGAAAACACAGCCUAAAUCACGUGAAAAGAACCUAAGUACUUACUCUGUGCACUGAAAUAUUUGUAUGCUGUAGUUUCUGGGUGUUUAAACCACAGGGCAGAUAAAAUUACCCUUCCCAAAACAACUCUGGUGGGUAUUCUGUUUAGAGUAAUUAAACUUCAGUUAUUCUUAAGGGAGGUUGUGGCUGCCUUCUCCCUGGAGAUGUUCAAGGCCAGACUGGAUAAGGCCUUGAGCA